AUAUAUAUAUAAACCUUUUGGCAGACCGACAGUUCAAGUCAAUACAAAAAGAACCAAACAGAGGAUCACUAGUAUUAGCACUGCUAUUACCAUUUAAAGAAAAUUUCAAUAACGAUGGUCAAAUCGUCCAGCAUUAAUUCCCUGUUGGAAGAGCAAAUGAAGUUGGGCGAGCAGAUUCAGACCACAAUCCGGAAUUAUAAAAAGAGCCCAACUGAACGGAAAAGCAAACCUGCUUAUUUUAAAGGGCAACUAGACAAAUUGAAACUUUUGUGGGAAGCAUUUUCCAAAGGAGAAAAUACUAUUAGAACGGAGGAUAAAAAGACAAAAAUGAAGCAUACAUAUUUUAAAAGCGACUUUUUUGUCAAAAUAAAGGCUAUGGUCGUUGAAUAUACAGCAGAAUUCAAUCAGAAACUGUCCCUAUUGGAGAAGAACACUAAAUCCGUAUCCGCAUCGCCGCAGAAUGACGACGUUAAGUUUAAAUCAAUGUUUAGAGAACAGAUUAUAUUGAUGGACAGAUUAGAUAAUAUUAUGAACAAAUUAGAUGUCGCAACAAGGAAUGGGAUUAACCCUAUAAUUUUACCCCAUUUUUCUGAUAUACAAUGUAUGCAAGCGGAAAUCUAUCAAAAUUACAAAGAUCCCAAGUAAAGUUCUGAUUUUUUUUUAAGAUUAAAACAUAAAACGACUUAUGUAUAUAUUUUUUGAGAAAGUGAAAGUAAAUGUAUUAUUUAUGAAUGUCAUGUGUUAUUUACGCAAGAAUGCAAAAUCGUAAAUAAGAAUUAAUAUUAAGGAAACGUAAAGAGAAAAUGUGUUCAAUAAAACUAUCGAUAUCAAGGCACUACUCGGCCAGACUUUUAAAAAACUAUCGAUAUUUGUACUGAAAUAUACCUAGCAUCCCUAACUGCACUGCAUACAAAAGUUCGACGGGAGCAGUAAAAAGCGGCGCUGUCGUCCAAUUUGCAUCGCCGUGUUCUUCGUCAGUGUUUGUUGUCGUCGCCUCGUUCGUCCUUAAUUUUAUUUCGUCCUUGUGCAACAAGAAGAAGAACCACAUCAACCAGGAUCAACCGCAACACGCAGUUUCCAAAUGCUUUAAAUCGAUUCGGCAAUAUCUAAAUACCUAAAAUCCUAGGAAAGUAAGACAAGCAGCGAAUCAGCAACAACAAUCGAAAACACCAAAAAAAAAAACCAAAAAAAGAUACACCCAAAGUCAAAGGAGGCUCGCAACAUUUUUUACAAAUUUGCAAUACAUUUUAAGUAA